AUGGUGCCAGGCUAAGGAGCUCAGGGUGUCGGGGGUCCCAGAGGGGCUGGGGGAGGGAAGGGACAUUGUUAAGAGGCUAGAGCCCCUCCCUCAGUGACCCCGCUGACAACCCCCCCCUUCUGUCUGCCUCACAGUGAAGCACCCGCCAGCGGAGCCCUCCAGGUUCAUCUCAGUGCCCCCCAAGACGCCAGACAAGAUGGGCUUCGACGAGGUCUUCAUGAUCAACCUGAAGCGGCGGCAGGACCGGCGGGAGCGCAUGCUGCGGGCCCUGCAGGCUCAGGAGAUUGAGAGCCGGCUGGUGGAGGCCGUGGACGGCAAAGCCAUGAACACCAGCCAGGUGGAGGCACUGGGCAUCCAGAUGCUGCCUGGCUACCGGGACCCCUACCACGGGCGGCCCCUCACCAAGGGUGAGCUGGGCUGCUUCCUCAGCCACUAUAACAUCUGGAAGGAGGUUGUGGACCGUGGGCUGCGGAAGUCGCUUGUCUUCGAGGACGACCUGCGCUUUGAGAUCUUCUUUAAGAGACGCCUGCUGAACCUCAUGCGGGACGUGGAGCGGGAGAGUCUGGACUGGGACCUCAUCUACGUGGGCCGGAAGCGGAUGCAGGUGGAGCACCCGGAGAAGGCCGUGCCGCGCGUGAGGAACCUGGUGGAGGCCGAUUACUCCUACUGGACGCUGGCCUACGUGAUCUCCCUGCAGGGCGCCCGCAAGCUGCUGGCCGCCCAGCCGCUCUCCAAGAUGCUGCCCGUCGACGAGUUCCUGCCCGUCAUGUUUGACAAGCACCCAGUGUCCGAGUACAAGGCCCACUUCUCGCCCCGCAACCUGCGCGCCUUCUCGGUGGAGCCCCUGCUCGUCUACCCCACGCACUACACGGGGGACGAUGGGUACGUGAGCGACACGGAGACCUCAGUCGUGUGGAACAACGAGCACGUGAAGACCGACUGGGACCGCGCCAAGUCCCAGAAGAUGCGGGAGCAGCAGGCCCUGAGCCGCGAGGCCGAGAACUCGGACGUCCUGCAGUCGCCACUGGACAGCGCGGCGCGCGACGAGCUCUGAGCGCCGACGGCCAAACGCCGAAGCCGGCCUCGCGGGCCCGGCACCCCCUAGCCCCCCGCAGACCCCGGCAGGCGGCGGAGGCCUCUCUCCCCGCGAGGGGCGUGCAGCCGGCUCGGCAAGCACGUGCACGCAGGCAGCUUUCAUGCAGGGCCUACUGUAUGCCGGGAGCGGGCCUUGGCGCCGGGGGAUCAGGGGAACCAGACCUCGUUCGUGUCUUCGGGUGCCGAACACUUGAAGUCCUCACCGGGUACCGGGCUCCCGUGUUUGGCGGCGGGUGAGGCAUAAUUAUCCCCUCAGCCGGUGACUGAUUAAGCCGUCAAGCUUGUUUUGAUUCCCCCCCCCCCCGCGUCCCCCACCAAGAAUCAGCACUAGUGAUACACAGUCAUUGUUUUAAUUCAUUGAAGUAUUUAUUGAAUGCCUACUGUAUGUUGGGCACCAGCCGUUCUGGGCUCUGAGAAUAUUGGGGUAAAUGAGACACUUUUCAUUCAUUUCUCUGAACACCUGUCAAGCACCCACUCUGUGCCUGGUACUUGGGACCCAAAGACAAGUCCUUAUUAACUCAGCAUUUAUUGAGUGCCUGCUGUGUGCUGGGAACUGAGCUUGGUGCUGGGGGUGAAGAUGAACCAGGUGCUUUUCACUCUUGGAUUGGCUUCUUCCCGACUCAUCUAGAGAGCACCUACUGUGGGCCAGGCAUUAGUGAUACCAAACGGUGUGGCAGUUGCUGGGUCAGCAUCGGAUCACCCACGUGUGUGCGGGGCCACAUGCCCAGGGCUGGGCCACCGAGAUGAACAAGAUGAGUCUUCUUUCUUCAUGCAGCAGGCGUUUAUCGAGCACCUACUGCGUACCAGACCUCAUGGACCCCCAGUGGGACUGGAGAAUGGUUGGCUGAGAGUUUGAUCCCCACCUGUUCCUCAGUCACCCAAGUUGUGCGCAGACAAAGCCCCCCCACCACCCAGGAGGGAGGGUGGCUCUCCCCUCAGCAGGGGCAGCUGCAGGUCCCAGCGACCACAUGGCCACACGCAGGCUCCCCUGGACCCGGCCCCCCUGGCGGGGGCAAGGAAUGAAGACAGGGGCUGGGUCUCCUGUGCUCACCUGUCACCCCGUUUGCUUGACCUCCCUGGCCUGCAUCUCAGGCGUGGGCUCUGCCCGCUCCGUGGGGUUCCUACAUUCAAGGCUUUGGUGGGACUGUGUUUGAGGCCCUGCGUGGGCUCGGCUGCACCAGGGUACUGCCCGUGGCCCGGGCAGGUGCUCCCCGGCAUGGGCUGGAGGACUCGCUGUGCCUUCAGCCUAGAAUGAAUGUCAGAACCAGCCAGCGGUGCUUUGCUCUCUUAGGGAUACCUGCUCACUGGGUCAGGUCCUGGAUAACUUGCUUAUUUUUUUAUUAAACGUUCCUGGUUGGUUUUCACAUCA